AGCAAGGGUUUCUCCCCUCCCCCCUCAAAACCUCCGGCGGCGGCGGCGGCGGCGGCGAUGGACAAGUUACCGGCGGCGUCCGCCAUGCAAUGGAGCAUAGACCUCGACAGGGCUCUCCGCUCCCGCCAUGCCGCCACGCGCCUCCACGCCCUCGACGAUGUUCCCUCGCGUCUCCGGGAGCUCGGGGCUUCGCCCUCCCUGCCCCCCGCCGUUGCCUCCGCCUUGGGCGUCCUGCCGUCCGAGCCGCGCCUCUUCGCCCAGACCAUGGUGCUCCGCCUCGCCACCGAGUUCAGGAGCUCCGACAACGCCGUCCGGGCCUGCAUCGUCCGCGCUCUUCUCCUCGAAUACAGGGACCUUGCCACCAAGGGCCGUGGGUACGAUGGCGCGCUAGCCAGGUCAAGUGUCGCGGAACCCCACCAGGUGCUGAGGAGGAUCAAGCCCGUGUACGACGCCGGUUGCCCGCGUGCUAGGGCGCUCGCGCUGCGGAUGUUCGGUUGCCUCGCCCACCUCGCGGAGGACAGCUUGCACGUCCGCUCUCUCAUUCUAUCCAGCUUGUCUUCCUCCAUUGCGGUAGAGGUCAAAGCAGCAUUGUUUGCAGCUGGCUGUUUUUGUAGGCUAUCAGUGGAUUUCUCAUACAUUACACUUGAAGCACUUCGAAGAUUAAUUUCUUCACCAAGAUCGGAACCUCAAGUUAUCACGGCAGCCAUCAAGAUUUUCCCCAAGCUUGACUGUACGUUGGCUGUUAUCCAUAGAGUUCAUGAGGUUGGAAAGCAGAUUGUUCUGGGUACAUUGGAAGAUAAUUUCAAAGCUGGCAUGCUCUUGUCUCUCUCAAGAUUGGCAGCCAAAUCAGUUAUUCUGUUUGGCGAUCAGGUGGAAUUGUUGUUAUUAUUCCUGGAGCAUGAAUCUUCUCAUUGUGUGAAGACUGUGUCAUUGAAAUGUUUGUGUUUUAUGUUUAACAGAAGCAUCUACCAUUUUCCUGUUUUAAGGACUGUUUUCAGGAAGUUAUUACAGCUGAUUGAUCAUGAUGAUUUCCCACUUGAUUGUAGGAGAUAUGCAUUUAUGGUCCUUCAAAAGAUAGUCUGUGGUAAAGCUCCAAUUGUUCAUUGUGUCGAUACUUCUGAACUAUCUAAGCUUGUUCUGGCUGCUGAAAGUUCUCUGCAUUCCUCUUCCUGGGAGAUGCAAGGUAUUUCUCUUAAAGUUAUUGCUGGCACCUUAUGUUUACUUCAGAAAACAAGUUCAGAUCAGAAUAUGAUUACUCAGGAAGGUUCAUCAUUAGCAUACAGUGGGUGUCAAGAGAUUACCAACAACUUGCCACCAACUCAUAUAGAAAAUGUUGAGGACAAAUUCGUGCGUAACAUUGUAAUAUCAAUGGUGAAUCAUAAUAUAUCUCUGGUUAAUCCAGCAAGAAGCACCGGAAACAAGGAAGAGGCAAGGAGACAUACCUAUGUGUCCUCUGAAUUGAAGAUGCACAGAUCUAUGUUAGUCAGUAUGCUAAAACUUGUUGCAUGCUACCCUUCUGCUGCAGCCGUUGCUCUUGAUAAACUUAGAUGCUUGAUUAAAGAGCUGGUUCGAAUAGAUGACAGUGGUUGCUCCAAUUCUGUUACAAAUGAUAUUAUCAAGCCAGUAGCUGCUAAUAUAAAGGCAUCUCUCAUGGAAACAGAUUUUGAUAAGGUAAAUACGGAUUCCAGCAAAUUUAGUGGCAAUAAGGAAGUAUCUAUAGUGCACAAUAUAAUUCUUUUGACACUCAACUUUGCAAAUGCUUGUCAUAAUAUGCUUUGUAAAAGAUCUGGUAUUAACUGCAAUCUUUAUGAUAGCAUUAAGGAGCUGAUUGAGUGUGUUCAGCAGAAUGCUUCUCAGUAUUUUAGCACAUACGAAUCUUUCCAUCUGAUAAUGUGUGCUUGUAUUUCAUGGAAUGGUUCUAAAAUUAGAGAUGACAAUCAAGAAUCAGGUGAUUCAAAAGAACAGCCUCGCAUAUUCUUUACUCCUUCUGUUUGGAUAACUCAGGAAUUGUCUGCGAUUCGGAUGACGAAAAUGCUUUUCAGAAAGCAGAAGUAUUGGGAUGCCUACAAGUCUGCUAUGUACUGUUGUCAUGAAGGCCUAUGGUUUGCAGCGUCGUUUAUCUUUAGAAAACUUGCAGAUGCUUUUGGGUCAGGCUCUUUCAGUUUUUGGUUCAAAUCAUUGCUGUAUUUUUCAGCUGGAGAAAUUGAGAUGAAGCUACUGAUUUUCCCUUCAGCAACUGUUAAGUUGGUCAGAGAGCUUAAAACAGAAUGCGAUCUUCAUGAUAACUUUUACUGUGUUGAAACAAGUGUUGAUGUUACUCUUGGUGGGUCUUCAGAGUUGCAUGGUUCUGAAGCAAAGAUUUCUGCAAUUUGCAGCAAAACAUUCUUACCAAUUGAGGCCCUCUUAUCGAACAACUCUUCAAGUCAUAAGUUAUUUUUCCAGAGGUGGUUUAUUUGUCUGAGGGCGUCAUUUGUUGAGAUCCUAACUGAUUUUCUUGGUAUCCUUACUUCACACUUUUCUACUCAGAAAAACGUAUCUGAUCAUCAAGCAGCUGGAGACCAUUCAAGUGUACCUAGAGAGCAUUGUAACAGCCAAAUACUUGCUUUGGCAAAUUGUUCUUUAGGAUUAAGUGACCUAGCACAGAGUUAUGAUCUCCUUGCUGUAUCCCACGGGGACAUGGAUCACCAAAGUUUUUCUAGGAUAGCCAGGCUUGCUUUCAUAUGCUCACUUCUGUCAUUCUGUAUUGCAUUUUCUGUGGAUUUCUCAAAGGUACAUAUGAGUGUCAGUGUGGAGUCUUGCAGGCUUCCAGAGAGGUUUUCUCAUGCUAAGGUUAUACGAGAUUUACAUGAAAGGGUGGAUAGGACUGACAGCCAAAUUGUUUCACAACUGCAACAAUUAAUGCCCAUUUCUUGUGAUGAAGGUCACUCCAUACAGAUCGUCACAAGAAUGGAUUGUUCAGGUAUUCUGGAAAAGGAUUCUUAUCUUCUUUGCAAGUAUGCUGUUGCAUAUUUGCAUGGCACACAUGAGGACCACAAAGGAGUAACGAUUGGAGAGGACAGUUUCUCUCCUUUGCACGGAGGGAUGCAGUUUCUGUCCAGCAUUUUGCAGAGGGUUAUGGAAUUGCCAUUCGUGGUACCCAGAUACUUGUUCAGAGUAAGGCCUUGCUUUGGUGCUGAACUUAACAUAUACGACACGAACCCUGCAAACAGAGAGGGAAUAUCAGUACUAACAGGCUUCCAGCUUUCCCUGACACUCUGCUUGCAUUGGAAAUGUGUGUUAGAGAGGAGUUCCAUUGAAAUCUCAAAGCUGUACUGCGUUUUGGCUACAAGCUCAGCAUCCUGCUUACAUGCAACAACUGGAACUAGAAGCAAAAAAGAGUAUGAGAUGCACAAGAGUGGUGGAAUGGUUGAGCUGAAUACCUUGCUGCAGCAAUACAUAAUGAAGGAUGAGAACUUGACAAAGAGCUGGGACAGCAAAAAGAAGAUGAAGAAGAAUGUGGAGAUGGUGACAGCAUUUGCGCGUUUUGAAGCGAGUUCGAGUGGGAUGGGAUUCUCCAGCUGCGUGCUGGAUGUUUCUGCAUUUCGUCAUGGUUCAUACAGGAUAAACUGGCAUGCGUGCUGCAUCGACAAGGACGGCUCCUAUUACAGCUUGCUGCCUCUCAAUGACGGUGCAGUAUUCGCAAUUCGCAACUCCUCACAGACCUGACGACUAUAGCUAGCUAGUUACUUUUUUUUUUUUUUUAAAUCGCUAGCUAGUUACUGAGAUACCAUCUCUUGUUGUAAUCCAAAUGUAUUUUUUUUUCCUUUUUGGUACUGUAUCAUCUCUUCAUGCAUCUACUGGUGUCGCAGUCCGUAUUUAUGUAGCAGUAGCAAGCCUGCCUGUCUCUGCCCCCUUUGUGUAAGGGCAAUUACAACAAUUUAGACAGCUCAUGUCUAUUUUGGUACACACAGAUAGCUUCUACAAUGAGUUGUCAUUUUGGUUGUCUGCAAGAUAUUUAAUUCGUCUUUUGACACGUAAAUUAUGGUGAUCUAGUACAUAAUUUGAUUAAUGUAACUCUUUUUGUGUUUAAUAGAAUUCUCAAUAUAUUCAAAUAAUUCACAUAAGUCAAUUGAAAAAAAAGUUAUUUGUAUAACCUCCUGGGCUUGUCCGAUCUUUUGCUCUUUCUAUCCGGCUGAUCUCCCUUUCCUUCUUAUCUACUGGCCACUGCCUCGUUAUCCUCUAGAUAUGGGAACAGGACACCACCACUUUACUACGCUCUCCCUCACAGAAUCACUUUGAGCUCUGGCUGGUGGUGUUGCUUUCCUCCCGCUCUGCUCUAGCCGCGACUCGUGAAGCUCCCGUCUCUCUACUCGUCCAGGCGACCCUGUCCCCUGCGGCCUGACGCUGACGAUGUACAGCUCGAGCUCCUCUACUCAGCAUCUCCAACAGCACUACCCAUGGUCUCUCUAAGCUAAAAUUUAGUUAUUUAGACAAAAAUGCAUUCCAACGAAAUGGCUAGCCGAAUGGCCUGGUCAAAUCGGUCUUCCCACUUGUCAAAUUGGGCCACUCAACUAGACUUGCCAUAUGUGGGCCCCACGCCCUGCUCUCCUAUCCUCCCAGCGUUCUCUCUCCCCUUGGAGAGGAGCACGAUGGAGCAGAGCGCGGUCGGCGAGGCCUGCAGCACGCCCCCGAUCUCCCUCCGCCAUCGAAGCCCGCCACCGAUCCACGCCCGGCGGCUUCCCCAGCCGGCCGCCGUCGACGCCCACGGCGUCCCCGGCCGCGGCGCCGUCCACGACCCUCGGCUUCCCCAGCCGGCCGCCCGAAGCCGCGCCGUCCCCGACCGCCGCGCCGUC